UGCCCCGCGACAAAAACCGGCAGAGCCUUCAACCUGGUCUUCAGUGAGCCGCUCAGCACACAGCAGGGACAGCAGCAGAAGCAGCCUGGUCGAGCCGACCCGCGGAGCAGCCUCUCCCAACGACCACCUGGCGGCAAGCACCUCGCCGACGACACCCCGCCGCCGACACCCCGCUUCCAACAUCCCGCCGACAACGUCCCCCCUGACAGAGCGACCCACGCCGCUCAUCUGCCAGACGCGUCCCGGACACUAGCUACUCAGAGCAGUUCUACGCCAACAGAUAUGGCAAGCGGCAAGAGUUCGCCGGGCCGCACGGCCAGCAGGUCGGCUUCCAGAGCGGCUCCAGAUACGGGAGGACGGACCCGGACGCUGCGCCGCUUGGCCCCGACGACCGGCUGCAGCGUCGCUUCUACGCCAACGGGCGGUACGGCAAGCGGAGCGGGAGCGGGGCAGCCGCGCAGGGGGCGGCGGGGGCGACCGGGGCCGCGGGGGCCGCCCUCGCCGAGUACCAACUGCUAGACGACUUCUCCGGACUUCCCUUUGUCGUGGAUGAGGACUCCCAGGUGGUCUGCCGCUACACCGGUGUCACGAAUCUCUUCAGAUGCGCUCGGAGGAAAGAGGGCGAAGACAUUCCGGCGAUUCUUCAGGAUCCGCAGUCCAGUGUGGUGACUGGGAACCCUUUGAACUAAUGCCAAAUCCAAGUUCAACUGGUUUGGAAAGGCGAUUUUUCUUGAGUUCUCUGCAUUUUCAUGAAAUAAUACGAAAAAACACACCAAAAACGCUGACCUGGCGAUCUUUGACUUUUGUUUUACUUAGUGCAGGCUUAGUUUUAGAUUCUAUUUAAAGUUAUUACAUCGACAAGCCAAUCAUUUGCGAGCUUGGGUUUGUCAAGUCGAAGGGGAAGGGGAACGGCGUGACUUGCCGCUGUUAUCUUCCUCCCCUUCCCACCGCAUUCCUCGUGGCACGUGAGGGAUUUCAGAUCCCCUGUAGCGUGUUGACACACCCAGCCCAUGCUCGUGCCACCUUGCUGGGCGAAGUGAACUCCAAUAAUGUGUUGUUGACACCUGUUACGAGAAAGGGUGUCCCGUAUUAUAUAUGUAACUUUUUUAAAAAUUAUAAAUCUUCGGCUCUGCUGUAUUGCUCUAAUGCCGAAUAGCCCCAAUUUUAGUAUAUCAUUAAAAAUGUUAUCCUUUGGUCUACCAUUGUCCUGUUUUCAAAUAAGGCCUGUUGUUUAUGUGAUAAGAAAGCGCAUUUGCGGCGAAAUGUGGAGCGGGAUAUUUUUUCCGUAUAGCACCUAUAUUCAUGACACAUUUGCCAAUACUUAAUUCAGCAGAUUUUUGUUUCCGUAAUCACUCUGUGGGGAGAUUCACGGGACCAUGUGGCUGGACCUCAAAAUUUCCCGCCACGGACCCAACCUGAUUUCUAGCGAGUAUGUCCCUUGAAUAAGGUCGGAGCGUAUUGGGCUGCCUGUACGACUCGAACGUUGUUUGAAAGACCCGGGAGGUAGUGUAAAGUGUCAAGUAAGGAAAGGUGCACUCUGUAAAAUAAAGUUGCCAUCAUCAAAUAACAGA